AUGUUAAUUUUAGAAGGUGGUGAUCAAAACACGUCAAUUCCAGAAGGUGGUAAUCAAAACAUGUCAAUUUCAGAAGGUGAUAUUCAAAGCAUAUCAUUUUCAACAGAUAAUGAAGAGUCUGUCUUUGAUGAUAUCUUGAAAGAUACUUUAGAAGAAUCUGAAUCUGAAUCUGAAGUAAAUACAGAUUAUCCAAAUGAAGCAUAUGAUGAUUUAAUGGCAUUAGUUAUAAACUAUAAACUUAGUAAUAGAACAG